AAACAAUAUCUCUAAAAAUGCUUCGGCUCCAAUCCCUGGGUUCCCUCCCGGCCCAUGCCGAACCAGCUUGGACAGUAUCUUUCAACCCUACCCGCUCUCUCCUCGCAUCAUGCUCCACAGAUCGCACAAUCCGUCUUUACUCCUACAUUAUACCCUCUUCCUCCGAUGGUUUACCAAGCCAGGACGAUUCCCAGGCCGUGUUUAGUCUUGCUAAGGUUAUAGAAACGGACCACAAGAGGACUGUGAGGAGUAUAGCGUGGUCCCCUGAUGGACGAACAUUGGCAAGUGGGAGCUUUGAUUCGACCGUCGGUGUGUGGGAGGAGGUUAUUCCGCUUUCGGAUGACGAAGAAGAAGAGGAUGAGGGUGCACAAGGGGUGUAUAAACCGGCUGGAGUGGACUCGGAUGGAGAUGGGGAUGGGGGGAAAGAGAAGGAGUGGGAAUGCGUGACGACGUUGGAAGGGCAUGAGAGUGAAUGCAAAUCGGUUGGGUUUUCGAGUGAUGGGGCUCUGCUCGCGAGUUGCUCCAGAGAUAAAAGUGUAUGGGUGUGGGAAGUCCAACCGGACGCCGAUUUUGAAUGUAUCGCGGUCAUGAUGGAGCACUCUCAGGACGUCAAGUCCAUCGCCUGGCACCCACACGAAGAGAUCCUGGCUUCUGCGUCAUACGACUCUUACAUCCACCUCGCUUACGACGACCCCGAUUCUGACUGGUGCAUCUUCCAAAAACUCCAUCCCUCUCUCCCUUCUACUCCACUCACCAUCCCAUCCACUUCCCCGUCACAUUUAAUUGAUGCGUUGGUUCCUACGGAAGAAGAGAAGAAGGCAGAGGCGGAGUUGCAAGUCCCGCCGUUGGAGGAGGAUGAGACUGUUUGGUGUUUAGCUUGGAGUCCCGACGGGAGGUGGUUGGCUAGUGGAGGUGAUAAUGGUGGAAUCCGUCUUUGGCAAAGAACAGGCUCACAACCAGACUCGGCGUUCAAAGAGAUCUUACACACCGCCGCUCACUCGCGUUCAGUCUUUUCUCUUUCUUGGUCCCCACCCUAUCCAUCCGCCGAGUCUGCCGGCUCCACCGACUCUACUGAUUUAGGGAUGCUCGCUUCUGCGGGGGAGGAUGGUAAGAUUAUCAUCUGGCAAAUCACCGUCCCUCCAUCUCCUUCUUCCGCUUCACAAGAAAUAGAUAAUGAACAAAUCUCGAUCAGACCGAUUGCCGCCCAGAAAGAUGCGCACGGCGUGAACGAUAUCAACUCGGUAGCGUGGUGUGUGAGAGAAGAUAAAAAGGGAUGGGGGAUGUUGAGUAGUGCGGGGGAUGAUGGGAGUGUCAAGGUUUGGAGGGUCGUCAGGGAUUAAGGAUGUCAAGAAAUGUUUUUAUUUUUUGAUUUUUUACUUCUUUUUCCAUCACAUUUCUAUGAUC